AUUUUGGUCCACCACCCACCCACUAUGCUUUAUUUACAAAUAUUUCAGUGAGAAAUCCUACUCGGUGAAAUAAUAGAUAAAAAUAGCUACCAUUAUUUCCAGUUAAGAAAAGGAUGCGUAGUUGCCUAAGUUUAUAUGUACUUCGGUAAUAUAAUAAUAAUAGGAAGAAAGAGCUUCGAUCUACAAUAUCUACUUAAGGGAAUUAACAUGAUACUGCAUAACAUAUUGGACUGUAUGUGGAAAUAUAGUGUGUGUGUACGCAUACUCAUUUGCUGAUCUGUAAGAAAAUGCAUGCAACACUCAGCAUUGCUCCAUAUGGAAAAGCUUCCACUGAAGUUAAUGGCUGUUACGCAGUUUGUUGAUACGGUGUAAAAAAAAUUUAACUAAUUUUGUCAAAAAACCGUGCAUCACUCAACAAUGUUUUUAAAUAUAAUCAAAAAAUUGUUCAAAUCAAGCGAAAGGAAUUUUGACGAUGACGCAUUGAAUGAGUUUUGGCCGACAGUCGAUGGAGGUUUUCCGUUAACUGAAUUUGGCAGGAAAUUGUUGCAGAAAUGCACUCAAGUGCAAAAACCUGAAGCAAGCGCAGUUGACAUAGACAGUUUCAUGGAUCAAUCAUUGAGCUUCCCACUGAAGUUUGGCAGGGAUACUUGCCGUGUGAUGAGUCAGCCUAAGGAACGUUUUGCAGCAAUCGAAAGACAAAUCGCUUCUGCCUAUCCAGUAAUACAUGAACGUGUUUUGGGAUUGUAUUUGGCUUUCUUGGAACACAAAUGCAAUUAUGGCAACGAUCUAGAACACGCCGUUUAUGUUGGCAUGACCCUCACAGGUCUCGUACAGCGAUUACUAGAGAAACGUUGUGUCGCCUUUGUGGGUCCACUCGAUGAAUAUCUGCUUUUAAAGGGCAGGAAGACAAUGGCAAAUUUUUUCGAUGUAGGCACAGAAGAUGAGAAGGCGCCAUUAAUUUUGAAAGAUGUAUUGAGCUAUGACGAGAUCAAGCUCUCUGCCUUUCUUUCGGUGUCAUCACACACGGAGUUUCUCAACAACGGUAGGCGUUUUAACUGUGGCAUCAUUGAGGAGGAUAAAACAAAAAUCGAGACUACUGGCGUUAUAAUCGGCAUUAUCGGUGGCCGCUUCGAGGCGGAAGACGUAAUGGAGUGGCAAGAUAUAAUGAUUACGCCAAUGCAAAAUACAAAAGCGCGCGGCUAUGGUUACAACGCCAAAACCGCAAAGAAGGCCAACAAACGCAGCGUGGACUAUCGUCAAUUAUGGACGCGUUUUUAUGAAGAACAGGAUUUAGUUUAUGAUAAAGUAGAAAAUAUCGUGUCACCUCGUUUCUUUAAAGACGAACGCACACGUUUCAUUUUCGACAAUUUGGUGAUGAAGAAACGCUACGCCAUCACUUUCGAUACACUGCUGCUGGAGGCAGAUGCGCGAGGAACUGCCGCUGAGAAACAAGUAUACCUGCAUGUAGUCGGUAUUGGAUUAGGUGCUUGGCGUGCAGUAAAACAUCAAGAUAAAAUAUUUUUGAAAACAUUUAGUGAACGCUUGCAGGCACUUUUGCUGCAUCUGACACAUAUUUCGGUGGUGCACUUCUCGAAUUUCAGACCUUCGUCUGCGGAGCAUCAUCUCAGAGAUGGUGGAUUGUUUGAAGCGGAAACACACCCUAACGGUGGUAUCAAAACGUUCAUACAUGAUCGUUACGCAGCGGAAAAAUUGGCACCGGAGUAUGAAAGAAUGCUAAUAGUCGAGUCGUACGCCUGGGAUGCAAAUGCCUUGCCAGGCAAUGAAUUUUGGAAGGGCUGGCUUACAAGUUCCGGUGACCCUGCCGCCGCUUGCAGCACGCUCAUCGCUGAACUGCAUAAUCCUCACAUCAAUACAAAAAUGGUGAAUGGCGAAAAUUUGCAUAUAGCUUCAGGCAGAUUUGGUAUAUUACAUAUUGCUGAGUAUUCCAAAAAAAUUUUAGAGCAAAAGGCUUAGAGAAUGAAUGUCUCGCUAUUAGUUAUAUUAGUGCGGUUUCUGUAAAUUUAAGUUGUGUAUGUUAAUAUGUUAACCUGUGUAUAUUAAGUUGUGCUAAUGUAUAGAUAUAAAUUAAAAUAAAAAAUUGAUAUGUAGUCUUUUAGCAUAACUGUAAACCGGAUAAUAAAAAUAGCGUAUUUGAAGGCUUCCGGCUUUUGAACAGCCUACCACGUUUUAAAAGUAGUUGGCAAGGCAUAUCAUCAGCAGUUGCGUAUCUGGCAAAUUAUGAUUUAUUUCCUUUUGUGAAUUUCAACAGUUACCAAAUUACUUUUACGAUACCUAAUAGUUUUAAUAACUUUUACGGUGAAAUAAAUAAUAGAAUUGUUAAAAUAAUUGUGAAGCCAACAUCGCCACGUUGCAGGCCCAACGAGACGGGGGGGAUCGGGUACUUUUUCCCCCGGACCCGGAGUUUUCAGAGGGGCCCGGACUCGAGGGUAAUGCCAAGAAAUUUCCUGCUUGAAAAAAUAUAGUAAAUAAUACUUCUACCAGAGUUCCGUCACAGACUUUUUUUGGUGUCACCAUAUCGAAUGUUAUGAUCACGAUUACGAAGAAUAAAUAUAAUAUGGUGAUACAAAAGUGUAUAUUAUUGAGCUCUUAUUAAAAUGGAACAUUUUAUGCUACUGAUUUAUAAGGUUUAUCAAGGAUCAAAGACUACCAUCGUUCUUGUUCAACUCAGAGUCGAGUAACAGGAUUGACAACUUUGUAUUUGGAAUCUGAGUUAGCAAGGAAACUCGACUUCGAUGAUAUUAUAAGAGCUUUUGCCUCAGCUAAAGCAAGAAAAGCAAAAUUCUAAGCAUCGUGGCAGUCAUUUUCAAAUAUUUGUAAGGCUCACAAAAUGAAUAAAAAAUUU